AUGGAUAAUCGAGGCGUGCAAGGCUUAUCUCACCGCGGACUCUACGGUUUCCAACCGAAAAGGAUCUUCGUGUUCGGAGACUCCUACGCCGACACCGGCAACAACCGGAAAUCUGUGGCCAAAUCUUGGAAGGUUCCUUACGGAAUUACCUUUCCCGGAAAACCAGCCGGCAGGUUUUCCGACGGCCGUGUCCUCACCGAUUACCUAGGUGCUUGA